AUGGAUAAGGUCCCUGUUCGAGUUGAUGGAAGAUUUAGGUUAGGAGAUGUCUUGGGGUCUGGUUCAUAUGCUGUCGUGUAUCGUGCACGGAACAUCAUCAAGGAUGAUGCAGUUGCCGUUAAACUCGAACCCAUCAGCAACUCAUCUUCCGUGCAGCAUGAAUACAAAAUUUUGAAACACCUCGAAGGUGGUGUUGGUAUUCCCUGCGUCCUUUGGUUUGGUAGGGAGUCGACGUAUCACGCUCUGGUUCUUGACCUCCUUGGGCCAUCACUAUACAGUCUAUUCCUUACUCACAACCGAAAAUUCAGCCUUGAUACCAUCGUUAAUCUAGGAGACCAGCUGCUCUCGCGUCUCGAAUAUAUUCACUCGCAUCAUUAUAUUCACGGUGAUAUAAAACCGCAGAAUGUUGUAGUGGGGCUUGGCGAUUUGAGGGACACUGCCUUCAUUAUCGAUUUUGGCAUUGCAAAGGCAUUCUGGAAUACAUCAACCAGUGUUCAUAUUCCAUUUCGCCAAGGUCAAUGUCUCACUGGCACUCCUGCUUUUGCAUCGAUCAACAAUCACCUGGGAGUCGAACCGGGUCGUCGUGACAACCUUGAGUCACUUACAUACAUGUUGAUAUACUUUUUGCAGGGCUCCCUUCCGUGGUUAACCAGCGAUGAAGAGAAACUCUCCAGCUCUUUGAUACUCGAGUGCAAGGUGAACACUACCAUUGAAGAUUUAUGUCAUGGAAUUCCCGUCGAGUUCGCAACAAUCCUCAUUUACACGCGCUCUCUCGCGUUCUCAGAGGAUCCCGAUUAUAACCACCUUCGUUCAUUACUUCGCAUGCUCAGUUCUAUGUCACCUGCACCAGCUGCGUGCUUGCUGGAUUUCAACCAGCCUGAUGUACAUUCCCCUCCAUUAUCCAAUGAACCUUGGGUAAUCGAGGCAGUGCCUCCAUGCCCACCGCUUCGCAGAUCAACUCGUGUGUGA